ACUAGAAGCUGUUGGUCGGGCCCGCGGAAAUGGGCGAACAUAAUCUUCUUAAUCCCGGGUUUGUGGGACCUUUGGUAAACAUCCACACCGGAGACACGUUUUACUUUCCGAAUUUUAGAGCAUCUGGGGGACAACUGGCGGGGCUACCGUCUCUUUCGUACCCGAGAAGGGACAAUGUUUGCUCCCUUCCGUGGAAUCCUUCGGAGCCGUGCAAUGGAUACUCUCAAUCCUACUUUAGCAGCCCGGUUUCUAUUAACCCCUCUUUCAAUCGCUCUUGUGAAAUUACCAGACCUGACGAGAGCAAGUGUUAUUACAGCAACAGCAACGGAAGCAGGGAGACCUGCUCAGGUGGCAGCAGCCUCAAACGAGAGGACAGGGCGAGAGACACUUCAUCCCUAACAUCUGACCACGGGAUGCACGCAGGAAUUGGUACCGCCGCUCCCUUCUCAAAAUACGAAUACGGGAACGAUCAGCUAACACAAGAUCCACCAUCCUGUCAGUCACUAGAGUCCGACUCCAGCUCUUCCCUGCUCAACGAGAGCAGCAAGCCUUCAUCCAGCGACACACAGACCCUGGUGUCACCGGGAAGCCAUUCAGGCAACAUAGCCACAGGAGGAGGUGCUCCAUGGUACCCGAUGCACACUCGCACCAGGAAGAAACGCAAGCCCUAUUCCAAGCUGCAACUGGCCGAGCUUGAAGGUGAAUUUAUGUUGAAUGAGUUCAUUACGAGACAGCGGCGAAGGGAGCUGUCUGACCGCCUGAACCUCAGCGACCAACAGGUCAAGAUCUGGUUCCAGAACCGCAGGAUGAAGAAAAAGAGACUCAUGUUGAGAGAGCAAGCUUUGGCCUACUUUUAGAGAUGCGGCAGAAGGUGAAUCGAUAGGCAGUAAAAACCCAAGCCUUCUCCCUUAGGUGAUAUUUCAAUGCAUGCACUCAUCUAUCCACAUUUUACAUUACAGUCACUUGUUACAACAUUUUAAGUUUUUCUUUAAUGUACAGAUUCAGAAUAUAAGCCUAUAUCAUGCAUUUAAAGGCAGUGGAAGUAUAACCGCCAUAAUGUAAUGGCACAAACUGUGACACUGUGCAAAAUUCAACUCCAGGUGCUUGACCAGUUGAUACCACAGUGCAUGACCUUUAACGCAGAGAAUGUAAACAAAAACAAUUCCACUACAGUAGCCUGUAGUGGAAUUGUGUUUGUGUCUAUAUAGUAUAUGUUAAUGGACGAACUGUAAAAGUGCGUCAGAUAAUUAUUUAUAUAAACAUGUUGAGUUUAAUACUAGAUAUUUUCAGUAUACCUCAAACGACAAAACAACUUAAACUUUUCUCCUGCACCUACACCUUUCAUUAGUACUUUUAAAACAACACCAGUCAAAAAAAAAAAAAAAAAAUUCGCAAACGUUCAUGUUUUGGACGAUUACAAAAAGCUGCUAUCAAUGGUCUGCGUUCAAUUUGUGCUAGUUACAACCAUGGUGCUCAGAGCAAAUAUAAAUAUGUACAAACAAUACAAGAUGUGUGCCAGGACAUACUGUAAGUGUAACGUAUCUGCAGCAUGUUAUCGAUGUGAAAAUGAAAACGUUUUUUAUUCUUCUUCCUUUUUUAAGUAUAUUUAACCCAAACAUUUAGAUUUAAUAGGCAACGCAGAAUAUAGGCCUGUUGUUAUGUGUUACUAUUAAUAAUAAUUCGAUUACUAUUGUUAUUAUAUCAAUAUUAUUAAUAAUAGGCCUGAUAAUAAUUGGCUCAUAGGCCUUUUUCAUUUGAUCCUUGCAUUGUGCUCAAUGUCGUCCCUCUUAUCUCAUGUAUCGUGUAAAAAGUAAGUGGCACAUGUUACUGUUUGCAUCCUGUUUAGGAUUCCUUAUCGCUGUGUCAAAGUGUUAUUCGCCGUCUUGUACAAUAUCGCAUUCCAUAGGCUGCCUAUGCGUUGUUGUAAGAGUUAUAAGUAGGCAAAAUUAUCUUAUACCGCUAAAAUAUUAUUAAGAAGUGGUAUUUAAAUGUAUCAUUUAUUACGAAAUGAGAGCCUCGUUUGCGUGUU